GAGGAGGAGGAGGAGCGGGGAAGGACGGUUGGUCGCGUGAGCGGCGGCGAGUGAGGAGGAGUGGUAGUAGUGGUGGUGGUGCGCGGGCGCGCGCGCGCGCGCGCUGGGCGCUGUUGCUCCUCCUGCUGCUGCUGCUGCCGCCGCAGCGGCGGCCGUGUGUGUGUGUGUGUUUGUGUGAGGAGAGAAGGAAAAAGGAGCCCCGCUCAGAGCCCGGCGCUGGGACCGGCCCGCCAUGGAGUAAACCGGAGAACAACGCCGCCGCCGCCUCUGCCUCCUUUUUAUUCUCGGGGCGCCUUGGAAGGAGGACCUGUGACUGAGUCGUCUGAGGAGGAGUUGCCACAGCCGCCGCCGCCGCCACUGAGGAGGGAGCUGCCGCCGCCGCCGCCUCCUCCGUCGCCGCUUCUCGCCCGCUCGCCGGGCUCGGGGCUAGCGGGGGAGCGAUGGCGGCGCGGGGAGCCCCUCGGCGGCUCCUCCUCGGCUCCUUCUGGGUGGCGCUUCUCCUCGGGCAGCGCCUGGAGUCGAGCGUCGCCGCCGCCGCCGCCGCCGCCGCCAGGAGCAGCUCUUCGCCUCAGCAGCAGAACCUCCCUCCCGCAGGACCCACAGUGAGGACUUUUACUCCAUUUUAUUUUACUGUGGAGCCAAUGGACACUCUGUCAGUUAGAGCUUCAUCUGUUAUACUGAAUUGUUCAGCUUACUGUGAGUCAUCUCCAAAAAUCGAAUGGAAAAAGGAUGGGACUUUCUUAAACUUGGUGUCAGAUGACCGACGCCAGUUGCUACCAGAUGGAUCUUUAUUAAUCAACAGUGUAGUGCAUUCUAAGCACAAUAAGCCUGAUGAAGGGCAUUAUCAGUGUGUUGCAACUGUGGAAAGCCUUGGAACCAUUGUAAGCAGAACAGCUAAGCUCACAGUAGCUGGACUUCCAAGAUUCAUCAGUCAGCCGGAGUCAGCAUCAGUCUAUAGAGGAAACAGCAUAGUUCUUAAUUGUGAAGUAAAUGCUGAUCUAGCACCCUUUGUAAGGUGGGAGCUAGAUCAUGAGCCACUCUUUCUGGAUGACCGUGUAUUCAAAUUGCCAAGUGGAGCUUUAAUUAUUAGUAAUGCUACAGAUGAAGAUGGCGGAACAUAUUGUUGUAUUAUUGAAAUUGGUGGUUCUCCCAAAUACAGUGAUGAAGCAGAGAUUAAAGUUCUUCCAGACAGCAAAGUAUGCAGAGAUCAAUAUUUAUGUGUUCUGAGACAGCCUUCUUCACUUACCAAAAUUACUGGGCAGAAUGCCGUUUUGCCAUGUGUUGCUACAGGCAUUCCCAUUCCUGUUAUCAGAUGGACAAGAAAUGAAGAAGAGCUUGUUACAGAAAGUUCUAAAAAUUAUUUAUUGCUGGCUGGAGGGACUCUGAAGAUCAACGAUAUCACAGAAGAUGAUGCUGGAACAUAUACCUGUAUUGCAGAUAAUGGAAAUGAAACAAUUGAAGCUCAAGCUGAUCUGAUUGUACAAGCUCCUCCUGAGUUUCUGAAGCAACCCUCUAAUAUUUAUGCUCAUGAAUCCAUGGAUAUUGUGUUUGAAUGUGAUGUGACUGGGAAGCCAACUCCAACAGUGAAGUGGGUAAAGAAUGGAGAUGUGGUGAUCCCUAGUGACUACUUUAAAAUUGUAAAUGAGCAUGACCUACAAGUUUUAGGUCUAGUGAAAUCGGAUGAAGGAUUUUAUCAGUGUAUUGCAGACAAUGAUGUGGGAAACAUACAGUCUGGAGCCCAGCUGAUAAUACUUGAUCAUGCACCAGCUACAAGUGGACCGUUGCCUUCUGCCCCUCGAGAUGUUGUGGCUUCCCUUGUCUCUACCCGCUUCAUCAAGCUGACCUGGAGAACACCUGCAUCCGAUCCUCAUGGAGACAAUCUCACCUACUCUGUGUUCUACACCAGGGAAACCGUAAACAGGGAGCGUGUUGAAAACACAAGCCAUCCUGGGGAAAUGCAAGUGACAAUUCAGAACUUGAUGCCUGAGUCUGUGUAUGUUUUCAGAGUGGUAGCUCAAAACAAACACGGGCCUGGAGAAAGUUCAUUGCCACUUAAGGUGGCAACGCAACCUGAGGUUCAGCUUCCUGGCCCGGCCCCUAAUAUUCGAGCAUUUGCAAACUCACCCACAUCAAUCACUGUUAGUUGGGCAACACCUUUAUCUGGCAAUGGUGAAAUCCAAAACUACAAGCUGUACUACAUGGAGAAGGGAGCAGACAAUGAGCAGGACAUUGAUGUUGGAGGUCUUUCCUAUACAAUCAGUGGUUUGAAAAAAUACACAGAAUAUAGUUUCCGAGUGGUGGCCUACAAUAAACAUGGUCCAGGAGUUUCCACACAAGAUGUUGUUGUUCGAACUCUGUCAGAUGUUCCCAGUGCUGCACCCCAAAAUCUAACUCUGGAAGUGCAAAACUCCAAGAGCAUUAUGAUGCAUUGGCAGCCCCCUCCUGCAGGAACACACAAUGGGCAAAUUACUGGCUAUAAGAUCCGUUACCGAAAAGUGACUCGCAAAAGCGAUGUGACUGAUAUUGUUGGGACACAACUUUCACAGCUAAUUGAAGGUCUGGAACGAGGAACAGAGUACAGCUUCCGGGUAGCUGCUUUAACAGUCAAUGGUACAGGACUACCUACUGAUUGGGUGUCAGCAGAAACAUUUGAAAGUGAUCUUGAUGAAUCUCGUGUUCCAGAAGUUCCAAGUUCCCUACAUGUCCGUCCACUUGUAACUAGUAUUGUUGUGAGCUGGACUCCACCUGAAAACCAGAACAUUGUGGUCAGAGGUUAUGCUAUAGGGUAUGGUGUGGGUAGCCCCCAUGCACAGACCAUCAAGGUGGAUUAUAAGCAACGAUAUUACACUAUUGAGAAUUUGGAUCCCAGCUCCCAUUAUGUAAUAACUUUAAAAGCCUAUAACAAUGUUGGAGAAGGAAUUCCGCUGUAUGAGAGUGCAGUGACUAGAGCUUACACAGACACUUCUGAGGUUGAUUUAUUUGUUGUUAAUGCUCCGUACACUCCAGUGCCAGAUCCCUCCCCCAUGAUGCCACCUGUGGGAGUUCAGGCUUCCAUACUGAGCCAUGACACCAUUCGAAUCACCUGGGCAGACAACUCUCUGCCAAAGAACCAGAAGGUCUCGGAUGCCCGUUACUACACAGUACGCUGGAAGACGAACAUUCCUGCAAACACAAAAUACAAGACUGCAAAUACCACCACUUUAAGCUUCUUAGUAACUGGCUUAAAACCAAACACUUUGUAUGAGUUCUCGGUGAUGGUGACUAAAGGCCGAAGAUCAAGUACUUGGAGUAUGACUGCACAUGGAACUACUUUUGAAUUAGUUCCAACUUCUCCCCCAAAGGAUGUGACAGUAGUGAGCAAAGAAGGAAAACCCCGAACCAUCAUAGUCAACUGGCAGCCACCAUCUGAAGCCAAUGGCAAAAUUACAGGAUACAUCAUUUACUAUAGUACAGAUGUCAACGCUGAAAUACACGAUUGGGUCAUUGAGCCAGUAGUGGGAAAUAGAUUGACCCACCAGAUUCAAGAGUUAACACUCGACACAGCAUAUUAUUUCAAAAUUCAGGCCCGUAACUCCAAAGGCAUGGGUCCUAUGUCAGAGGCGGUGCAGUUCAGAACACCUAAAGCAUUGGGGUCUGCAGGAAAAGGAAAUCGGCCAGUGGAUGUUGGGCCAGACUAUAAAACACCUAUGAGUGGCAGUAACAGCCCUCAUGGAAGCCCUUCUCCUUUGGAAUACAAUAUGCUUUUGGUAAUAAUAGUGUCUGUGGGAGUGAUCACCAUUGUUGUGGUGGUAAUUGUUGCGGUCUUCUGCACACGCCGCACCACCUCUCACCAGAAAAAGAAGCGAGCUGCAUGCAAAUCUGUGAAUGGGUCACAUAAAUACAAAGGAAAUUCUAAGGAUGUCAAACCCCCUGACCUUUGGAUUCACCAUGAAAGGCUGGAGCUGAAACCCAUUGAUAAAUCUCCAGAUCCUAAUCCAAUCAUGACAGACACCCCAAUCCCUCGGAAUUCCCAAGACAUUACGCCAGUUGACAACUCCAUGGACAGCAACAUCCACCAAAGACGGAACUCAUACAGAGGGCAUGAGUCAGAGGAUAGCAUGUCCACACUUGCAGGAAGAAGGGGAAUGAGACCAAAAAUGAUGAUGCCGUUUGAUUCUCAACCACCUCAGCCUGUGAUUAGUGCUCAUCCCAUCCAUUCCCUUGAUAACCCCCACCAUCAUUUCCACUCCGGCAGCCUCGCUUCUCCAACCUGCAGCUAUCUCCAUCACCAGGCAAACCCAUGGCCAGUUGGCACAUCCGUGUCCCAUUCAGACAGGGCUAAUUCCACAGAAUCUGUUCGGAAUACACCUAGCACAGAUACCAUGCCAGCUUCCUCAUCUCAGACAUGUUGUGCUGACCACCAGGAGCCAGAAAGUGCCACAGGAUCUUAUCUGCCCAGUACGCAGGAGGAGGAGACGAGCCAAAGCCUCCCUACUGCCCAUGUUCGUCCUUCUCAUCCUCUGAAGAGCUUUGCAGUGCCAGCAGUUCCACCCACUGGGGCAAACUAUGACCCUGCCUUGCCAAGCACACCUUUAUUAUCCCAGCAAGCUUCUAGCCAUCCAGUUCAUUCAGUGAAGACUGCAUCAAUUGGCACCCUAGGGAGAACUCGACCUCCUAUGCCAGUCGUGGUACCAAGUGCCCCAGAAGUCCAGGAAACAACAAGGAUGCUCGAAGACUCAGAAAGUAAUUAUGAACCAGAUGAGCUGACCAAAGAGAUGGCCCACCUGGAAGGACUAAUGAAGGACCUUAAUGCCAUCACAACAGCAUGACCACCUUCCCCAAGAAAGGACUCCAAAUCCUGUUUCACAGGUCUUGGGACUUAAUCUUGGAGCACAAGGAAAUGUACAAAGACUAGGGGACAGCACAAGAGGGAUAUUCAACCAGCUGCAGUAUCAGUGCCAAUGCUGGUUAACCAAGUGACUUUUCUAUUCAUUACCUGAAAUGAACCUGUUGGAAAGAUGGAUUCCACUUCCUGCUAAGAUGUUGCAAGAAAUGGCUGAGGGAGACGCGCUGAUGUGAUGAAAUCCAGUAUACAGACAAAGAAGUGGACUUAGCAUUAAUUUGAGUCAGGUUUUGUCUCAGUGCUGUGACCUUCCCUGCAUUUUCAGUGUUGGACAUUCACAUUUAUGUACAAUUUUAUUUGUGUGUUUUUAUUUUAUUGUAUCUUUUUUAUUAAAAAAAAGUGUAACCUGAAGAAAAAGAAAUUUGUGUUGUUUCCCACAGCCUAGACAGAUGUUUGAUUGCUUGUUCUAUUGUGUACGGGAAUUCAUUGCCAGUGUGGAAUGUUCGGUUUGUUUUAUGUUUUAUUUUUUAUUUUUAGUGUGUGUAUAAUUAUAUCACCUUCCAGCAGUUAAUCCAUGACCUUGGGGGAUGCUGCGUCGCUAUUUGUAAGCUUUUUUAUUUUUAUAUUAUAAUUAUUAAAAGCCUGACUAGAUUCUCUCUCAUCACUGUGAGAUUAGCUGCCUGUUUGGAUUGAAAUCUAACACUGAGAAACUUUUUGUUUGUUUUAUGUUUGCCUUUUCAAUAUGGGGUGGAGGUAGGCACUGGGAAGGAAGCCACUGAGUGGAAGGAGGUUUAACUGUACAAUACAGCUUGACCCAUAUGAGUAGCCCCAACAUCCCUUGGAGAAUGCCCAGAUGAGCAAAUGUAAUGUGCAUAGCGAGUGAUUCUGAAUAGUAAUUGCAACAAUUCCCUCAUCACAGUGAUCAGGGAAAGUGCUACAGUUAUCACGGGAAUGGCCCCUGACUGUGUCUGUGAUUAUCAGUUUGCACAUUACCUCUGCCUGUGUAAGCACAUACCAGGAGACACUUGGCAUUACUCAUGUGAACAAGAAAACCUGUUGUGCAGACAGGCUCUAAGUCGUGAAACAGAUUUUUUAAAAACAACAACAACAACCUAUCAUUUGCUUAGUGAGCUACUCAUUAAGUAUGUCUGGCUAUUAAAUUGAUGGGGGCGGGAAGCUUUAUUGAGAAAUGUAGGGUUGUUUAGCAUCAGAUACCACAGUGUGUCUUGGCAGCAGAAAUUUCUGUUUUGAUGUUUUAUUUGAAAGAUAACCUCUUUAACAUUUACAUUGCAUCUUGAGUUUUAUUCCAGAUCUUUUAAUGUACAGAGGUUAGUAGUAGAUUGGGGGGGGGCACUUUUCCCUGUAGUUGUACACCGUCCCAUAGGUCUUCAAAAAUACCUUCAGUGUUAAACCACAAAUUAACAAAACGUCUUUUGCAGGCUUAUUUAUUCUAAACAGAAACAAAACCUAGGCGUACAAUGUUUAUGACUCAGGUGCCACUUGGAAAAAAAAGGGAAGCUAAAAGGAGAUGUUAUUUCCUUUCAUACUAUUUGCUGCCCAGUUUGACAUACCACCAUCCUCUCUAUAGGGUUGUGACUUAACAUAAUAAGAGAGACUGAUUUUGUAAAAAAAAAUCCUGCUGCUUUUGGAAUUCAGGUGUACACUCAAAAGGGUUGGAAGGUGGAAAAGAAGCAAAAGGUAGUUUUCUUUAGCAAAUUUGUUCUGUGUAAAGCAGUGUUAUUUUAGGGUCAGUAUUAGCAGUGUGGUUGGAGGAAAUAGCCCAUAACCCUUGGAGUUUGCAGUGCUCUGAUCUCAGGCAGACUUCACUGGAUCCUUUAAAUUUCCAUGUGAAUAAGGCUAGAAUGGUUUUUAUUACUGGCUAACUCAAGUUUGAAAACACCCAGCCACUGCUCUCUACUGAGAACCAGUAUCAGGAGAGAAUUACUUACAGGGAUGAAGAGGUAGUGGACAGGAGGGAUGCUUAACCCUUCCCAGCCCUUCCCUUCCUUUCCCUGAAGCAACUCCUUCAAGCUGCUUCCCCUCCACAGAGUUCCAGACUCGUAUUUGCUUCUGGCUUUCUAUCAGCAGAUUCAUCUUGAAGAUUUCUUGGAAGCAAUUAUGAAAAAUAGGGAUGCCGACAGACUAAAAUUGACUAGUGGUUUCUGAUGAUGAGCACUGAAGAAAUGUAUUAAUUCAUUCUGAUUAGCAGCUAUAACAUAUGCAUAAGAAAAGCCAUUUAUUUUUUAAAUACUGUAUUGAAUUUACAAUGAGAUAAUUAAGUGCCAUGUUCACCUAGCUCAGUGUUCUGUCUUCCAACAGUAAACAUCCUAAUGCCCCAGAGACAUUCACAGUCAUAGUACGUGGGUGUAGAUUCCUCCCCAGUUUAUUCUCAUAGGUUAAUAGGAUGCUUAUUUUGGGUUGGGGCAGUCAGCAAAAAGUCCAUCGUAAGAGCAAACUGGCACACCUGCAAAAUAGGCAUUGAGUAAAAUUAGAUGAGGUUUGGGUUGGGGAGAGAGAAGGAUUCAGACACUGGCCUGGAUCCAAUUAUCUGUUCUCUGUAUGUGUGGUGGAGGUUUUUAUUUUCCUUAAUACUUUGGUAUGCAGAAGGAAGGGGAGAGGUGCCACACACACACACACACACACACACACACGCCUCAUAAAUCAGAAAGAGCUUCCAGUGAGGGAGAGGAGAAUUUUUUAAUAGUACAUUAAAAGGCCCACAGGUGUUGAAAUGCACUUCUCUGGAUCUGGACUAUUUGGUAUGAUCCAGAGCCCUGUAUAAUCAGGGUGGGCAUCUAUAAUCAAAAGGGGCUUCCCAUUCCUGCGAAAGGGAAUGUUCCACGUGGCUGUUUUCCUUUGUACAUGCAAAGUUCUUGUGAAGAACAGGAAAUCCUUUGCGUAGGGUCCUCAUUGCGUCCACUGAAUUCAGUUAGUGCACGCAUUCCGCUCCUCAGAUGUGUACAUUUCUCUUUCAUAUCUAUACCCAAAGAAAUUCCAUCAUGUGUACUCAGUAUUUCCCCCACUGGUGGAUUUUUGUGAAUAUAUUGCUACUUUACGUCGAACACCAUGAAUGUCAAUAUUGCCAUGAAUCUGGGAAUGGGGUGGGGGAUAUUUUUAAUAAUAAAACAACUGUUCAAAGUUGGUUUUUUAAGGUUAAAACAAAAAAGGAAACAUUUAUUCAAGUCAGUGUACAAUAUGUAUUGCACUUUUUCACAUUUUAACACUGUUUUUUACAUAUCUUGUGAUUUUAAAUUUGGAACAUUGUGUAUCUUGUAGUGUCAUAGCUAAGCUGCUCUGUGGCAGCUUCCUCCAGCUGAAUAUGGAGAAGGGGGUGGGAAGACCUCUGUAUAUUGUUUUACAGUUCUGAUGUAGGAGAGUUCUGAGGACUGCUGUAAACUUCUUCCUUUCUGUACAUUUUUUUUCCUGUAGUAUUUGCUGUAUACUCUAUAAAUUUUUAAUACUGUCAUGUUUAUUAUUUGGUAUUGGAUAUCCAAUACACUUUUUUAAUCUAA